AUGGGGGACUCCCCGACCAGCGCGGUGGGCAGAGGCACGGACGCGUGCUGCCAAGACACGCAGGUGGAGCUGGCAGAGCGGGUCGCAGCCAUCGCCGUGGCUGUUAGCCCGGACAGAAGUGACCAAAAUGGUGAAGGCAACGCCGAAGAAAACGACACGGUCUUUUCUGAAAACGUAAAAGACAUCCAGAGAAACGGAGUCAGCAGUGACGUGGGAGCGAACGAGUUCCUGCCCUCCCAACAGUCAGAUGAUGCUCACUGGAGGCACGGUUCCAAGAGACCUCUCGCUAGGCCUGUCCUCUCCAGCAGGAAGUUGUCUCUCCAGGAAAGAUCAUCAGCAGGUUAUUUGGCUUCGAGCAACUCUCCAGGUUUUGGUGCUUAUGCCACGGGGCCGUCACCGCGGAUAAUGAGGAGACCGACGAUCGAGUCCAAUCGGGUCUCCAUCUCGGAUGCCGAGGACUGUGUGCAGUUAAACCAGUACAAGCUGCAGAGUGAAAUAGGCAAGGGUUCCUACGGCGUUGUAAAGCUGGCCUACAACGAGAACGAUGACAAGUAUUAUGCUAUGAAAGUCCUCUCCAAAAAGAAGCUCCUGAAGCAGUAUGGAUUUCCACGUCGGCCUCCUCCUAGGGGGUCUAAAGCAUCCACUGGAGAGCAGCCGAAGCCAAUGGCACCGCUGGACAGAGUCUAUCAGGAAAUAGCCAUAUUGAAGAAGCUGGACCACGUCAACAUCGUUAAGCUGAUAGAGGUCCUUGAUGAUCCUGCAGAGGACAACUUGUACAUGGUGUUUGACCUCCUAAGGAAAGGGCCUGUCAUGGAGGUACCAAGCGAGCAGCCGUUCAGCGAGGACCAGGCCCGGCUCUACUUCCGAGACAUCGUCCUGGGCAUCGAGUACUGUGAAAGCUCGCAGUCGUCACAGCAUCUCGGCCUCCAAGCUCUUUGCAAGGUGCACUACCAGAAGAUCAUUCACCGGGACAUCAAGCCUUCCAACUUGCUCUUAGGAGACGAUGGGCACGUCAAAAUCGCGGAUUUUGGAGUCAGUAAUCAGUUUGAAGGGAAUGAUGCCCAGCUCUCCAGCACAGCAGGGACACCAGCCUUCAUGGCACCAGAGGCCAUUUCAGACACUGGCAAAAGUUUCAGUGGAAAGGCACUUGAUGUAUGGGCCAUGGGGAUUACCCUGUACUGCUUUGUUUACGGGAAGUGCCCUUUUAUAGAUGAAUAUAUUCUAGGUCUUCAUAACAGGAUCAAGAACAAGCCUGUGGAGUUUCCAGAAGAAGCACAGAUAAGUGACGAGCUCAAGGAUCUGAUCCUACGCAUGCUUGAUAAAAAUCCAGAAACGAGGAUAACAGUCCCUGAAAUUAAGGUGCAUCCAUGGCUAACCAAGAGUGGGGAGGAGCCCCUGCCGCUGGAAGAAGAGCACUGUACCGUGGUGGAGGUGACGGAGGAGGAGGUGAAAAACUCAGUGAAGACAAUCCCCAGUUUGCCAGCUGUGAUCCUAGUGAAGGCCAUGCUAAGAAAACGCUCCUUUGGAAAUCCAUUUGAGGUCCAGACCAGACGGGAGGAGAGGUCCAUGUCUGCUCCAGGGAACUUGCUAAUAAAACAAGGGAGCAGAGAAGGAGGCAGGGACCCGGAGCUGCCUGACGUGUGUGAAGAUGAAGCUACGUCCUGAAGCCAUGUGGUGCCGCAGGCUGCUCACUCCCGUGCUGCUGCUGUUGUGCCCAUCACGGUGUUGUCUAGCACACAUCCGCCCUCAUCACCAAGUCUGGGGCCUGCAAAGCAAAAAACAAAACUGACCAACCAACCUAGCGAACCGAACAGGAGGAAAAGAGCAGCAAUAAAGAAAAGAGUGGAUCCUGGGGUAGCUCACCUGGCAGAGGGCUGGCUCGGCCUCAUGGGCAGCUGCGUUCCUCACGCGAGGUGUCCGUGCGCUCCUCCAUGUGUGCCUUGCUCUCCACUUGUGCUUCACGUGUCAGCUUUGUAGAUGGGUGUCUUGACGAAUGAAUGUGGUUUUAUUUGUAAUGCAACAAACCAAAUGUUGUCUCUUGGGUUGUUCGCCCUGGAGACCUUUUUCUUUUUUUUUUGCAUUCUCUAUUUCAAAGUUCAGGAAAAAAAAAUGACAUCAAAGUCAGGUCUUA